AUGGGUUUCACCGAUGAUGCGUACAUAAAGUACAAGGCUGAGCAGGAGCCAUUACUUCCAGGUGUCGCCUACGCCGGAGCAGCUGCUGUAGCUGGAUCCAUGCUUGUCAACCGCGUCCCAAGAAUGUCUGUGAAGAUCCUGACUCCCUUGACAUUAGCCGCCGUGACUGGAGCCUACUUCCUCCCAGCCCACUACGACCAGCUCAAACACACCUGGAUCCCCCUCAAAGUCUCUCACCCUGGUGAGACUGCCUCGUCUACACCCUCUGCCUCUCUGCAGGAUCUCAAGCAAACAACCGAGGACACGGCCUUGGACUUGGGACACAAGACCAUCGACGCUGUCGACGAUAUCGCUCGCCAGACACAGGCCAGCUGGGAGGAUAUCAAGCGCAAGAGCGAGAAUCUUGCAGAGGCGUACAAGGAGACUGGUCAGGACCAUGUCAAUAAGGGCGUCGAGAAGUCGGUUAAUGAGGCCAAGUCCUGGUUGGAUAGCCAGAGAGCCGAGGCCGAUCGUCUCUUGCAUGAGACGGCUUCAGUCAUCGCCGCCAAGGUUGGCUCCACAGACCAUACGAACAAGUUCCAUAACAUGCCCCAGAAUGCCAAGGAGUCUGCCUUCUACAAGGAGACUACUGCAGGUGAACAGCCUUCUUCCUCCAGAUGGUUAUGGUGGGGUGGCGGAAACAGCAGCAGCUCAACGGCUGAGACACCAGCCGUCUCCACCAAGACUGAGACUACCCCUACAACUCAACGCCCGCGCAGGGUCUCUAUCGACAAGGCCGUUGCCUCCGCAGCCAUCAAGCAACACGACUAUGUCGUCAACCACGCGUCCCUGUUGGGAUUGAACGCCGAAGACACUGCCCGCAAGGUCCACGAGAACGUUGUCGAUGCCUCAGUGCCCAAGGAACGUCAGAGCCGUAACGAAAAGCACCCGAUCGAACUCUCCCGCCGUGCCUCCAUGAGCGACUACAAAGACGGAAAGUACAUCGUCAAGGUCGUCCCUGGUGCCAAGGAUGAUGAACUCCCCGAGCGCGUUGGUCGUAUGAACGCCCUCAGGCGUGAUCUUCACCAUGGACUCCAAAACAUCGAAAAGCGUGCCCAUAUGCUGUACGAUGGUGUUGAGCAUCUUGAGCACAAGUUGAACCAGCGUAUCGAGAAGAACCUCCAGGAAGAGGCGGAUUUCUGGCACAGGCAGGAGAUGAAGGAGCAGGCCAAUGCGCGUGGCGGCAGUGGUCGUGCCAUGUAA